AUUUUCUUGCGGCGGCCAGAUGUGUCUAGAGGCGUUGGUGGCAGCGGCGGCAGUCGAGUGGAGAGAGCGGCUGGGCGGGGAAGGAGGAGAAGGAGGACCUUUUCCCGGGUGACAGGCCCGGCCCUUCCCUUCCCUUCCGGAGGGCGUCGGAGGCUCGGCGGCGGCGCUUGGGGGCCGCCCGGGACCGCCCUCCUUCCCUCUCUCUCCUUCUCCUCCUCCUCCUCCUUCUGCCCAGUGGCUUCCCCAGCGAAGGACUAGCAGCAGCCUCCUGCUCCUCCUGGCCUCCAGCACCAUCAUGUCCGGGCAGAGCCUGACCGACCGCAUCACGGCGGCGCAGCACAGCGUGACCGGCUCGGCCGUCUCCAAGACCGUCUGCAAGGCCACCACCCACGAAGUCAUGGGCCCCAAGAAGAAGCACCUCGACUAUUUAAUACAGUGCACAAAUGAAAUGAAUGUAAAUAUCCCACAGUUGGCGGACAGCUUGUUUGAAAGGACAAUGAACAGUAGCUGGGUAGUGGUAUUUAAGUCGCUCAUCACAACUCACCAUCUAAUGGUGUAUGGAAAUGAGCGUUUUAUCCAGUAUCUGGCUUCCAGAAACACAUUAUUUAACUUGAGCAAUUUCUUGGACAAAAGCGGAUUGCAAGGGUAUGAUAUGUCCACAUUUAUCAGGCGGUAUAGCAGGUAUUUGAAUGAAAAAGCAGUUUCCUACAGACAAGUAGCUUUUGACUUCACAAAAGUAAAAAGAGGGGCUGAUGGAGUCAUGAGGACAAUGAAUACAGAGAAACUCUUAAAAACCGUACCAAUUAUACAGAAUCAAAUGGAUGCACUUCUUGAUUUCAAUGUCAACAGCAAUGAGCUUACAAAUGGUGUAAUUAAUGCUGCCUUCAUGCUUCUCUUCAAAGAUGCCAUUAGACUCUUUGCAGCAUAUAAUGAAGGGAUUAUUAAUCUGUUGGAAAAAUACUUCGACAUGAAAAAAAACCAAUGCAAAGAAGGCCUUGACAUAUAUAAGAAGUUUCUGACCAGAAUGACAAGGAUUUCUGAGUUUCUCAAAGUUGCAGAGCAAGUGGGGAUAGACAGAGGAGACAUACCAGAUCUUUCUCAGGCACCGAGCAGCCUUCUUGAUGCAUUGGAACAGCACUUAGCCUCCUUAGAAGGAAAGAAAAUCAAAGACUCUACUGCUGCAAGCAGGGCUACCACUCUUUCCAAUGCAGUCUCCUCCCUGGCAAGCACUGGCCUGUCGCUCACCAAAGUAGAUGAAAGGGAAAAACAAGCUGCACUAGAGGAAGAGCAAGCCCGUUUAAAAGCUUUAAAGGAACAGCGUCUAAAAGAACUUGCAAAGAAACCUCAUACCUCCUUAACUACAGCCUCCUCCCCAGUGUCUAAUACAGCAGGAAGCAUAAUGACUACGCCAGCCAUUGACAUUUUCUCCACACCUAGUUCUUCUAACAGCACAUCAAAGCUGCCAAAUGACCUGCUUGAUUUGCAGCCAACCUUUCAUCCCUCUGUGCAUCCUAUAUCUUCUGCACCACAAGUAGGAGGGACCUGGGGAGAUCCAUUCACUUCUACCGCUGAUGCUGUUGACGAUGCCAUUCCAAGCCUAAAUCCUUUCCUCACAAAAUCUAGUGAUCACCUCUCUGUCUCUUCUGAUGUACUACCCACUUUCACUUCUAGGACACCAACUCAUGAGAUGUUUGUUGAUUCUUUUUGUGGUCCACAAGCUUAUCCCAAUGCUUCCCAUUUCUGCAGUGAGCCCUCAACUGUAGCUGGUCUAUAUGGAGGGUUCACUCCAUCUCCUGUUCCAUCGCAGCCCCCUGCAAGCCUUAACGUUGACUUUGAGUCUGUGUUUGGAAACAAAACUUCAAAUGCACCAGUGGAUUCUGGUGCAUUUGAUGAAUUGGGUGGACUCUUAAAACCAACAGUGACUUCACAAAACCAGAGUCUUCCAGCUUCCAAAACACCACCAAACAAGUUAGUCUUGGAUGAUCUGGAUUCAUCUUUAGCCAAUCUUGUGGGCAAUCUGGGCAUUGGAAAUGGAACAACUAAGAAUGAUGUGAAUUGGACGCAGCCAGGAGAAAAAAAACUAACAGGAGGCUCCAACUGGCAACCCAAAGUUGCGCCUACGACAGCAUGGAAUGCUUCAACAAUGAAUGGCAUGCAUUUUCCACAAUACGCACCACCUGUCAUGGCCUAUCCUGCUACAACACCAACGGGAAUGAUGGGAUAUGGAAUGCCAUCUCAAAUGGGAGGAAUACCAGUACUGACACAACCAACCUUAAUAUAUAGCCAGCCUGUCAUGAGACCUCCAAAUCCUUUUGGCCCGGUAUCGGGAGCCCAGCUGUCUGCAGCUUCCAGCCCAUCCACUCAGAGUCCUCACAGAGCUUCAGGAAAGGAUCCUUUUGCAGAGCUCUCCCUCCAGGAUUUCUUGUAGGACAAUUUAGAUACAGUUCAUGUGACCAUGCCAGACAAAGCGGAGAGGAAGGGGAACAGUUCCAGAAAGACACGUGCUCAACAAGAAACCCUUCUUUCCAGCCAGAUCAAAACAGAUGGUGGCUCAGACUCUCGUUCACCCAAAUUGUCCAGUAAAAUCACACAAGGCCCACGACAACAGUGGGAGCACCAGUAUAGAGAAGCCUCAGCAUCCUCCCGCACUCGGUAUAAAGCCAAGAAUUUGCCAUAAUUUUGGUGUGGGAUUCUUUUUUCUCCCCCCCCCCCAUGACUUAACAUGUCAGUAACUUUCAUCAUCUGUUGCAUAACUUCACUCGAUACUACACAAAAGGAAGCCUCUUGUUCUCCUAUGAAGGGUAAAACGUGUACCUGGAACUGCCCUAUGGAACAAAGAGCUGGGCAUCCUCUUACCAUUAACGCCAAUGACUUUUCUCUAGGGGAUCAAAUCCUAACUCUAAUUUUACAAUUUCCUCUCUUCAGUCAUCAUAAACGUUAGACUCAAUAAUGAAAAGUUUAACUUUAAAAGAAAAAGAAUUAUAUAUUCCGUUUGCAUAGACAUUCCUUUAUGUAUUAUUAUUGUUUGUAUUUAUUUAUGAUUAUCAGUUUAAGUAACAGUGUAUCGCAAAGUCUCCUUUGUGGGGAAAUGAGUGUGGAUGUAUACAAUAUGUCUCCCUCUUGGAUUUCUUUUUUCUCCCCCUUCCUGUUUUUAUCCACAAGAACAAUGCUGGUUCAGACCCGCAUCUUCAUUCAAUAUGCACCAAACCACACAGAGCACUGAGUAUGUUCAAAAGGUCUGAAAACACCAGUAAUCAAAUUUCCACAGAAAUUAAGAGUUGAUGUAUUAAGUGGUCAGUUCUGUUAAGGACUGUGGCAAGGAAGAUGGUGGGGGCAGGGAGACAGCUGACUGAUGGGGAGGAGCACAAUAUUUCUGAUCGGGCAUCAGUGCUUCUGGAAAGAACUUUCCUUGCUUUGUGCUUGGCAUGUCAUUUAUCUUAACACUUGACUUACGGCCUUUCCAAAAUGAAUGUGAGGAAUUGCUUUCAUUUUUAAAGACUUUCCUUCUUCUCUGUAUAAAAAACAAACAAACCCACACACAACAAAUGCAACUUCUGAGGUAUUAUGUGAAAAAAACCUGCUUUGACCUCCUUGCCCUUUCAUUUGGCUAGUGCCAUCUCCGUGAUCAUGUACCAUGACAUAGAAUAAAAUCUCAGAAGGGAAGUAGCAUCUUUAGUAAGGGCAUAAUCCACCAUGAAGUUGUCCAUCAGAAGCUCCAGUUUAAUGGGGGUUUGUGCCAGAGAACUUCCAGGUGUGUUGUCCUCUUGGUGUGUAGGAGUCCUUUUAGUUUUCUGCAUAAUUUGAAGCAGCACUGUUGAUCGGUGCUUUGUGUAAAUACAUCAUACCAGUUUGGGUGGCAUCUGGGGCCUUAAGAAGGAUAGUCAAAGGUAUGAAAGCAAUUCUGUACAUGAAUUAAGCAUACUUGCUGCAUUGUCUCCGCAGAUUCUAUUUUUGUUUAAAAUCUUAAAAUGUAAGUUAGCAAAAAAAAUGUGGAUUUUCAAAUAAAAUGCAGCUUCCACAGAA